AUGCCGAAGUGGGAAAUGGAUCUGCAACUUGCUCACAAACUCACCGAAUUAGGAUUAUUCAAGUCUGCAUUGGAAAUAUAUGAAAGAUUGAGACAAUGGCCUGAUGCGGCGGUUUGCUACGAAACAACUGGGGAUAAAGUCAAUGCCAGGAGUGUCAUUGAAAAGGCUGUUGCGGAAGAUCCAGACAAUGCGAGAGCAUGGUGUAUUUUGGGAGAUGUUACAACUAAUCCACAAUACUGGGAAAAAUCCUGGGAGCUUGGUCAUUAUGCUAAUGCCAAAUCAUCCUUGGCUAAGUAUUAUUACAAGCCACCAAAGGAUUCGGGUAUAGAGCGUGAUGUCAAAAAGGCCAUUGAUAAUUUGUAUGAUUGCCUUUGUUCAAACCCUAUAAACUUUGAUAACUGGUACUUUUAUGGAUGUAUGGGAUUGGAAGUCUCAAACUAUGAGUUAGCAUCCGAGGCAUUUCAUAGAGCACUUAACAUAGACGAUAGCAGUCCUUAUGCCUGGUCCAAUUUGGCAUCCGCUCUAAUUAAAUUGGAGAAGUUUCCGGAAGCAUUUCAGGCAUUGUCAAAGGCAAUAAAUGCUGGCGAUGCUACUAAGAAAUCUUGGAGAAUUUGGGAGAAUUUUUUGACUAUAGCCAUCAAAUUAGGAAAAUGGUCCGAUGUGCUAAGAGCUUCAAUUAUUUUACUUAACAGUGACAAAACUUCGUUGGGAUCUAGUAAAUUGGAUAUUCCUGUUAUGGAAAAGUUGAUUGGUGUCCUAACAAGAGAUCCAUAUGAUCCCGAAAGUCUCACAUUCUUUCAAAAUUCCUGUAUAGAUUUUGUUUGCAAUAAGGUUCCUUCUGUUGUCAACAAUGAUGUUAGAUGUUGGAAGGAUAUAGCGAAAGUUAAUCAAUGGAGGAGGAAGCCAUGGCUUGUUUUAGAUAAUUAUGAGAAGGCCUAUAGAGCGUCCGUCAAUUCGCCAAAGCUAACACUUGAAGAGGAUUCUUGGAAUGUAGCUGUUGACACGUGUGCUGAUUUGAUCAAAGCAUACCAAGAUCUUGGCGAAUUGCCCGGAAGAUUUGGUGCGGAUGAUCUUGUAUGCAAGAAUUGGAAAUUCAAAGCAAAAUCAUCCAUCAGAUCACUUAUUUCUAAGGGAAAGCGAAUGUGGGAGUACACAGAUGGAUAUGAAAGGCUACAAAAGAUGAAAAGGGAGUUGUAA